AUGACCAUUAAAGACAAAAUAUGUCUGAUUUGCGGCGACGGAGCCAUUGGCAAAAAUUUCGGCGCCGUUUCGUGUGAAACUUGUAAGGCUUUCUUUAGGAGAAACGCCGCAAAACGUGAUAAAUACGUCUGUCUUUAUAAUAAGAAAUGUCAGAUCGGUUUAAAUACACGAAAGUUUUGCCGAACCUGUCGUUUGGAAAAGUGUUUCGCUGUGGGAAUGAAAGAGGAUUGGAUACUAAAUGACGAGCAAAGAGAGGAAAGGCGUCUCAAAAUAGAGGCCAAACGACUGAAGAGGAAUAAAAAUGCCGACAAAUGCAAAGACAAACUCGAGACUAGAAGCGUGUCCAGUGAAUCGCCCGAUGAAAACAAUGUCUUGAAUACCAAAAUCAAUGACUGGACAACUGGUCCGCAGAGUGUAGACCACGAUGUCUUCGAGACCGAUACGAGUAACUCAAGUGAUGGCACACAUAGUAUCGACUCUGGGUAUGAAUCGGCACUCAUUCCAGUGGUCAGACCCGUACUUGUGAUCAACAAUAACUUCAACGCUUCUGAACACCAAUUCUUCAGCGAACUAUUGUCAGCCAUCAGUCAACUGGAUCUGAAUGUGAAUCCCGUGGCCAUCCAUGAGCUCAAGACUUUUGAAGAGGUCAAACAAUCAGUGGUGCCGAGAAUGGAGAGCGACUUCAAAGCGAUGGUAAACGUGUGCAAGAGUUUGCACACAUUCCGGUGCGUCUGCGACAGCGACCGAAUGGCACUCUUCAAGCCGGCAUCCCGUGAGGCGCUAAUGUUGUAUAAGUUCGGCCUUCGCUAUGAUUAUGGUAACCAAUGUUGGUAUAAUAUAAACAUGGACGACGGCACAGUAUAUGUGCAUAAUGUGGAUGUAUUUAAACAAAUUCCAGGCAACGCAUAUCCGGUGGCCAAACGCUUAUUGUAUAAUAUUGAAAACAUCAUGGACACCGAUCAUUAUAUAAUUCAAUUGGUAUUAAUACCGAUCCUACUUUUCAAUCCCGAGCGACCAAACCUCAUGUAUAAAGACUUAGUAAAACUUCAACAGCGAUUGUAUAUGUAUUUACUUAAACGCUAUUUGACUAUUAAAUACGGGUCCGAAACGGAGGCCAACACUAGAUUUAAGCAAAUAUUAGACACUUUACACGAUGUAAACACUUUGUGCGAAAUUCAAUUGAAAAUCGAGAGAUCACGCGACCCGAGAGAGGUCGGGCCGCUCAUGAGGGAAAUCAUGGACAUACCAUCUAAUGAUAACUACAUCUACACUAUACUUCAAUUAACACAACAGUUAGCCGACGGGUCGGCUGUUAAUCAUGCGGUAGUCAAGAGACGGGUGAUAGAGAGGGGGAAAAGGGUUGGCCAACGAUAUCACACCCGCCACUACAUCGUCAGCUCCAUAAUGGCGUUCACGAUGUCGUUGUUGUUGUUCUUGAGGGCCUUCACGGCCUUCGCGCGGCUCACGUUGGCCUGA